AUGAGACAAUGGAGUAUUGAAAUUGUACUAUUAGAUGAAGAAGGUAAGGAGAUACCAGCUACGAUAUUUGAUAAAGUGGUCUACCAUUUACACCCAACCUUUGCCAAUCCCAAUAGAACUUUUACGGAAAGACCUUUCAAAAUUGUGGAACAAGGAUGGGGUGGAUUCCCACUUGACAUCAGUGUUUUCCUUUUAGAAAAGGCAGGUGAGAGAAAGAUUACCCAUGAUUUGAAUUUCUUACAGGAAUCAUACGAAAUUGAUCAUGUAAUACAGGCUCCUACAAAUAAACCAACUUUAGCAGCAGAAUUGGCCAAGAGUGGAUCCCUAGAUGAUACUAGUGGCUCUUCCAAGCGUAAAGCCGCUGCAACUAAUGGUGAGCCUAAGGUAAAGAAGGCAAAAGCCGCUAGUGCAUCAACUGUUAAGGGUAAUGUCGAUAUUGAGAAGUUGGCAUUCGGUCUAACAAAAUUAAAUGAAGAUGAUUUAGUCGGCGUUGUGCAAAUGGUCACAGACAAUCGUACACCAGAGAUGAACGUAACGAAUAACGUGGAAGAAGGUGAGUUUAUCAUCGAUCUGUACAGUCUGCCGGAUGGGUUACUUAAGAGUCUUUGGGAUUAUGUGAAAAAGAAUACCGAAUAA